AUGACUUCUAACGCCUCGUCGUUGAUUUCGCGGCCCUGGGUACUGGUCACCACAGGCUUUAUCGCGGCGUACACUUCCUGGGUAAUCUGGUCAAACUGGCCUUCACACGAUGCACAUCCCAACUUGCGACGACGUGGCGCUGUUAGGAGCCGCAAUAACACGCGCGCCCAUACAAGGAUAUGGACCUCAGCUUCCUCUGAGCCAUCCCUUCCAUUCGGCUUGGUCCACGUCGACUUUGAAGGCAUCGUUGUUAGAUUUCCUAAUGGUCCCGAACCACCCACAGUAGUUGAAAUUGCAGAAGCUUUAAAUCUUCCAGCCCAUAAUGCCUACGACGUUACCAUCAAAAUUCAGGAAGCUGCUCUGAAAUACAUUUUCUCUAUCCUCGUCCGGCCCGCUGAGGAACUACCCACCGAGCAAUCAGAUGCCGCAAGAGAUCUCCAGGAGUUGGUGCCUUAUCUGCGACGACCAAACAUGAACGAGUUGCUUGCUAGAAUCCAUCUACUCUGUUCUGGACCUUGGAAGUUCCAUCAAGCCGCUGCCGCCAGAGCCUUUGCUGAGCAUUGCGGUCUUGAACGUAUGCCCAUCAUGUCUGACCAUGCAGACCUUGGUUUGACCGAGACGACGGCUGAUUCGGACCACGAGGACGACGGAGAACCUGCNUCCGGGGUAUUUGACAUCCUUCGCGUUAAGAUGAUUUUUCCAGUGGCUGACUGUAACAGAAUCAAGGCUGUUGUGUAUCACAUAGCAGAAGAGAAAACCAUGCGCCAGUUAUAUGUCCAUACUGGUAUCAGGUGUGAACAGUGCGGCCAGUAUCCUAUUCUCGGCGUCCGCUGGCACUGCAACAACUGCCCGGAUUUUGAUCUAUGCUCAGCCUGUGAAGCACAACCGAUGCACCCAAGAACUCAUACGUUUACAAAGAUCAAAAUCCCUAUCUCUUUCCUAGGUCAGCAUCACCAGGUUCAGGAUGUUACCUAUCCAGGUGACCCAACAGCGCAAUGGCCAGCUCUGAGGACUUCGNNCUUAAAAAAGCAACUUGCCACCGAUGCGGGCUUUGAAGAUUUGGAGAUUCAGGUCUUCUAUGACCAAUUUGCAUGCAAAGCUAACUCUGCCUAUCCGGAUAUUGGUUAUGCUAUGGAUCGCCAUGCUUUCAACAGACUUAUGAUGUCUCCAACAUGGAGACGACCCGUGGAACCCAGCGUUCUCUACGAUCGCAUGUUCAACUUCUAUGAUAUUGACAACAACGGCCUCAUUGGUUUCAGAGAAUACGUCUUGGGCAUAGCAUACCUCCGUCGGCCUAACAAGCAGAGCUCUUUGGAACGCAUCUUUCAUGGCUACGAUUUUGACGGCGACGGAUACAUCAGUCGUCGAGAUUUUAUUCGUAUGCUCAGCGCGAAGUACGCCAUUCAAAAACAUCUGGUCGAAGACACGAUUCGAGCCGCAGAGUUUGAUAUGGUUACCUACACUGCCAAUGUUGUCCGGUCCAGUCAACCCAUCAGCGCAGCUUUCGCGCAAGAAGACGUCCCUGCCGGCCAGACGAGGCUACCCACAAUGAAGGUACAUGAUCGAUUUGGCGAGAGCCAGGUGCGGCCAGACGCCGGUCCUUUUGCAUCAGCCGUGUUGCCUGACGGCCUAGAACUCCCAGAUUCCAGCCUCGUGGGCGCAAUAGCUCAUCGCUAUGGCGUUGACGCUCUGCCAGAGAACUUGGGUCCUGACAUAUUGUCAGUGGAGCAACUCACAGCAUUCACAAGCAGUCUUAAUAGGUCUGACAGUGUGGCGAUAGAUGGUAUAGAGGACAGAGAAGAACAAAGGUUCAUGGUCGAUACCGAUUUUCGUCCGGUCCGAAGUCAAUUUUCCCCUGAUAGGCCCGAACAAAGGUGGCAUCAAGAUCUCCUGGAUGCAACUCGGGGAUCCAGUCCAGAAGCGGGACAGAACUCGGCCCAAGAAACGCGGCCAGCCAACGAAGAUCUAUUAUCUCCAUUGCCUGCGGAUAUUCUUGAGAAAGGACGUGCCUAUGAAGUCCCUGCAGCCGAGAAAGAUUUUGGCACAGAGGUGAUCUUCCAGGUUGUCCAAGAGGGUCUGAACGAGCUAAUUGACCCAAUCUUUGGGAAGAAAGAACGACUGGCAGAACAGGUACGAACCACCAAAGAGGAGCGCCGUCGGUUUCGCAAGGAAAUCGAUGACUAUGUCCGGGAUGCGAAGAUGCGUCAAGAAGAACUCGCUGCGGGCUCCGAGGUGGAUCCUUUGAUGGCUAUUGCAAAUGCCGCCAAUGAACUGGAUCACAACGAUCAUGAGGAACGCCACGACUCAGCAAGACUCGGAGACACACUGCUCCAAGUCGAGUCUACCGAUGCAAGUAUGAGAUUGCCAACACCACGUGAGAUUGCGAUGGACCUUCAAGAACAUAUUGUCCAGCAAAGUCAAGCACUCGACAACAGCCUCGAGGACCUGGAAUCAAACAUCCGAGAACAAUCUCUCGACGAUCUUCUAGCGCAAUCAGGGUAUAUCGUUGAUCUCUCGACCGAUGCCGAGCCGGCGACUAGAAACCAGGACGACGGCACUAGCUCAGAAACAGACGAGUAUCCACCGACCACGCUUGACGGAGACCUGCCAGCGCUAGAAGAUAUUCCUAUCGACGAAAGCAGUGAUGCACCCAGCGCAGCAUCCCCAACACCCUCUAUGAACCGUUCNUCCCCCACCCAGCACCUCCAAGCUCCCUUCUCAACCCCAGACAUGGACUCCCCAGCUUCAGUGUUUGCACCUUUCCGCCCUGACCAGACAGAGCAGUCCGACUCGCCUUCGCAAGAGAGAUUGAGAACUUUAACUCACCUUGACGAAGAAGAGAAGGAUAUAAUCAUGCGUGGUGGUCCAGGAAGACUCAGCCUAGCAGAAUUUGAGCGGGUUAUUCGCAGUGAACCGCGAGGCUUGCUUCAGGGUGUUGCCGAGGGAUGGCUUGAAUGGGCAGAAUUUUGA